GCUGCUUUCACAUCACAUCUGCACAUCAGUAAAGAUAGUUCUGUGAUUCUUCGUAUUACUGUGUUCAAAUGAGAAAAGAUUGCAAAUGGGAAAAAGUGCAUCUAAACAGACUGGAGAACUGGAUGAAGCAUGGAGACAAUUUGACUGGGGGCAGAAGGAAGUGCUGAAAGAACGUCUAGAAAAGUUUACUCUGAGUAAUCCAGAUGUGACAAACAUCAAGAUCCUGGUGGCUGGACAAAUUGGAGCCGGGAAGUCCAGCUUUAUUAACUCUGUCCUUGGUGUCUUUCAAGGAGAAAUAGUUAAUGAAGCACUAGCUGAUGGUUCAGAAUCAGCCGCCAGUCACAGUUUCACAACAAAACUGAGAACAUACCGCAUCAGAAGUGCAGAUGCAGAUUUGCCUUUUGAAUUCUGUGACAUAAAAGGUUUAGAACCUGAAAAAAUAUCUGAGUGUCAACCAGAUGACAUUGUCCACAGCAUAUAUGGACAUGUGAAGGAGGGAUAUAAAGUAAGACAUUCAAUUAAAAGUUAAAGGGAUCAUUCACCCAAAAAUGAAAAUUCACAAAAGAAGAUAUUUUGAAGAAUGCUGG